UGGGCCGGGCCGGGCCAGCUAGAAUGCCAUGUCUGCUCAUUAACCCCCUCACCUCACCUCACCUCACCCAACUCCCUUCAUCAACCCUGGCUGGCAGUCACAGUCUUGACCGCUCGAAAGAUGUCUGUGCGCAAAGAGACGAGCACACGAGAGAAGGAGGCCGAACGGGAACCUUUGCUCGGCUUUGCAUCGGGCGAGAGAGAGGGGCAUCAAGCUGAAGCUGCUGCUGCUGCUGCUCCUACCAUUCAAGCACCAUGGAGUCAGCUCAGCUUUGCCAGGCGCGUGAUCGCGCUGUGCACGAUGCUGAUGCUCAGCCUCGUCGUAGCUUUGAGCCUAUUCCUGCUGUUCAAGGGUCUCACCAGCGACCCCACAGCCGCACCCGCACCCGCACCCGCACCCGCAUCCGCAUCCGCAUCCGCACAACACGCAGGCAGAUUCGACAGGACAGCGCCGCCUACCCUGCAUUGGGCUAGCUGUCCAGGCGACAGAGGGAAGGAUGAGCGCUGGAAAUGUGGACACAUCGAUGUGCCCUUGGAUCAUCUCGACGAACAAGACGACAGAGUGGUGCGCCUCGCCACUGUCAAGUACUCGCCCAAUCCUAAUCGCAAGAGCGAGAGGACGGUGGUGGUGAAUCCAGGCGGACCAGGUGGAUCGGGCACGUCGUACGCUUUCAGAGCAGGCGUCACCAUCUCUGCAAACUACACGCCAUCGUACGAUGUGCUGGGCUUCGAUCCGCGCGGCGUCAACCUGUCCACACCCGCCGCCUCGUGCUACAACCAUUCGGCGAUCCGCGACAGAUCCUUUUACCUCAAAAACGUCUUCUACGAGAGCGCAGUGGGCAGGAGACACGCCGCGGAGCAUGUGCAGCAGCACCCUUUGCCUCCUCAUCACCUCGCACCUCCACCCACGCAUGGAGAGGAGGACGGCGUGGCUGUUGAAGAAGCUGCUGCUAGAGCGCUUCGACUGGCUAGUGCAGCGGACAGCGCCGAAUGGUCGGCUUGCAGGGACACAUUAAAAGAUCUGCCACGAUUCUUCACCACAGCAGCAACAGCGCGCGAUGUGGAUCUCAUCAGGCAGGCGCUGGGCGAAGAUGCGCUCACCGCGUACAUGGUCAGCUACGGCACUGGGCUUGGACAAACGUAUUCGCAAUUGUUCCCUCAAAGGGUGGGUAGGAUGAUCCUGGAUGGCCUGGAAUUCGUCAUCGAUCAUCGAGAACGCGUAGGAUUCGGAUGGACGUCGCUGGAUAAUGUGACGGAUGCGUGGCGAGAUGGUUUCAUUGGCGAGUGUGUCAGACCAGGCGCGCACUGCCCCCUCUCCGUCAAGCCAUCCGCAAUUCGAGCACAGCAUCUCUCGCUCGAAUCUCGCGAAACGCGCAAAUCGCUCGAAAUCCGUCUAGAGGCGCUGCUUGAUCACGUCUUUCGCGACCCGAUCGGAGGCUUGGAUAGUUAUGCCAACCCUCAAGUACUGCGCUACGAUGAUCUCAUAGGCAUCAUCUACGCUUCCCUUUACAAUGCCGAGACUUGGCCCGAUACGGCCAAGUUGCUCUUGCAGCUCGAAAACGGAAAUGCGACAUUGGCGCUCGAUGCGCUCAGGGACUCGUGGUCUUAUGAUCCGAGGAAGAGCAGCGUUCCGCGCGGGCACAGGAUUCGCAGACACGGACAUGCGCGCGGGCAUGGACGUGCGCAUGAGACCAGCUUCUACCCUGCAAUCUCCGAUCAAUGGUCUGCUGCAGAGUCAGACUCACACUGGUCCGACCGCCUAGCGAGCUUGGUGGAGCCCAAGAGCGCGACGCGCAAAAGUGGCGGCAUCCAAUCGAAGCUGGACCCGCUGUGGUCCUCUCAUCCCUUGGAGCCCGAAGCUGGAUCCACCGAGCUGGAGAACUUCAUCAUCUGUGGCGAUGCGUACGAUGCGCCCGCGCAGGAUGAUGCGUGGUACGUGUCGCUCUGGAAGAACAUGACUGCCAAAUCUUUCAUCUCGGGCGACGAUCGCUUUUUCAGCUCUCUACCUUGCAAGACGUACCCAUACAAGCCUACGGAUGUCUAUCGAGGCGAUUUCGACCAUCAGCUCCAGAAUCCACUCUUGCUGAUCGGCGAGACGUACGAUCCGGCCACGCCGCUGCGCAACGGAGAGAGGCUAGCCAGAGCGUUGGGAAGAGGUAAUGCGAGGCUGAUCAGGCAUCACGGGUAUGGACAUUCUUCUCGUGAUCGCUCCAUCUGCACGGAAAAUUUCAAAAAGGCCUACUUGUCGCACGGAGAGGUGCCGGAAGAUUUCUUCACCGACUGUCUUGCCGAUAGCAAGCCGUACAGCCAGCCAAUGGAGCGCGAGUCCAACGUCUUUUUGACGGAGGUGUGGACGGAGGUGAUGAGAGAGAGCGAACGCGGCAUCUGAGAUUUUGGUAGGGAGCUGCAAGCGCGUUGCGUGAGCGACGACGGGACUCGAUGCGUGAUCUGCAUCAGGUGAGCGCUGCUGCUGCUGCUGUUGCUAGUCGCCGGAGUUUCGCGCGCGUUGCAGCCUUCCCAUGCUGGCGACACGCUCAGGGAACACUAGCUCGGAUGGCACAUUCCACCAAUUCAUCACACCUCUUCAUCACGAGAUGAUCAUCUCAACUCGAGCGAUUAGGUCAAUCAUGCGUCCACUUUUCGGCUGGCACGGUAUACAUAGUGUUCUCGUUGCGCAGCAAUCAGAUGUUCGGCUCAGAGUG